AGGGGGAGCUCCAGCUCCUCACCAGUGACUUCAGAUGAUUUCCUGUAACUUCCCCACGUGGCAGAAACGUCUCUGAGCUGUCCCAGGCAGCUGGGAUGGGCGAAGGCUGCCUGGGAGAGUGUCCUUCCCACAGGCUGUCCUGCCCUGGAGCCCCGUGAAGCUGGAGCAUCCCAGUGGGAUCAGGCUGUCCCUGCUCAGUGCCCCAAAUGUCUGUGGUUGUCCUUGUCCCCAGGUCCCGCAGCGGUGCCAGCAUGGCUGAGGGGGAGCCAGCCCCAGGCUGCCCGGGGGGGAGGCAGCGGCUGCCAGCUUUCACCUGGGAGGUGCGGGCCAACGACCGCAGCUACCACAGGCAGGUCAGGAAGAAAUUUGCCUUCUGCCUGAGCAAGAGGAAAUACUCGGGCAAUGCCAUCAGGACAGCCAAGUACAACCUGCUCACCUUCCUGCCCCUGAACCUCUACGAGCAGUUCCACCGCAUGGCCAACCUCUACUUCGUCUUUGUCAUCCUCCUGCAGACGUUCCCUGAGAUCUCCACGCUGCCCUGGUACACGCUGCUGUUCCCCCUGAGCUGCCUUCUCCUCAUCCGGGGGCUCAGAGACCUCAUCGACGACAUCGGCCGGCACCGGAGCGACAGCAGCAUCAACAACAGGCCCUGUGAAAUCCUGGCUGGGAGGAGGUUCCGCUGGCAGAAGUGGCGCGACAUCUGCGUGGGGGACAUCGUCCGGCUGCGCAAGGACAGCGUGGUCCCGGCUGACCUGCUCCUGCUGUGCAGCUCCGAGCCCAGCAGCCUGUGCUAUGUGGAGACUGCUGACAUUGAUGGGGAAACAAACCUGAAGUUCAGACAGGCCCUGCUGGUCACCCACCAGGAGCUGGGCAGCGAGGAGAGCAUGGCUGCCUUUGAUGUCCAGCAAGAGGCUGGCAGCCAGGGGCCUCGUGGGGAGGCACUUCCCAUCACUUCUGUGAUGGAUCCCUCCGGCUUCUGCACCUUCCCCCUGCCCUGGAAUCCAACGACAAACCUUUUGUUCCUGCUGUCCCCACCCCAGUCCCACCUCCCUGGCUGUGAGAUGACCAAGGCUCACUGUAGGUCUCACCAGAUUCCCAGCUGGCACAAGGUGGAGGAGCUGCCCUGCUGUGUCCUGGUGGUGUUGGGAUGGCUGGUGGGAGGCUUGGAUUCCAAAAUCAUGAGGAACUCUGGAAAGAUCAAGCGGAAGAAAACGAAGCUGGACCAGCUGAUGGACCGGCUGGUGGUCGUGAUCUUCCUGGUGCUGUUGCUGACGUCCCUGGGCCUCGCUGUGGCCUCUGGGUUCUGGGCCAGGACGUUCCAGGAGAAGCACAGUUACCUGGCUGCCCUCUACGAGCACACCAGCCCUGCCCAGCAGGCCUUCCUCAACUUCUGGGGCUUCACCAUCCUCCUGAGCAUCAUCAUCCCCAUGUCCAUGUACAUCACGCUGGAAUUCAUCUACCUGGUGAACAGCUGCUUUAUUAACUGGGAUCUGGAGAUGUAUUAUGGUGCCAAGGACAUUCCAGCUGAGGCCAGGAGCACCAGCCUCAGUGACCAGCUGGGGCAGAUCGAGUUCAUCUUCUCGGACAAGACGGGCACCCUGACACAGAACAUCAUGAGCUUCAAGAAAUGCUGCAUCAACGGGACCAUCUACGGUCCAGGCACAGGCCAUGGGAACAGAGAGGCACCGGGCUCGGGGCUGGGCCGGCAGCGCCCUGGCGAGCAGCAGUUGGAUGUGUGUGAUGUGACCCUGCUGGAGGCUGCCCAGAGGGACGAUGACCCGGUGCUGAGGGAGUUCCUGAGGCUGCUGGCCCUCUGCCACACCGUCAUGGUGGAGGACAGGGGCGACCAGCUGGUUUACCAGGCAGCCUCCCCAGAUGAGGAAGCAUUGGUGUUGGCAGCCAGCAGCUUGGGCUACACGUUCCUGGCCCGGACACAGGACAGCAUCACCAUCAGGGAGCUGGGCAGGACCAGGACGUACGAGGUGCUGGCCGUGCUGGACUUCAACAGCGAGCGCAAGAGGAUGUCAGUGCUGGUGCGGGACCCCCAGGGCACCAUCCGGCUGUACACCAAGGGCGCUGACUCCGUCAUCCUGGAGAGGCUGCAGCGGCGAGGGCGCAGCGAGAGCCUGACCGAGAGGGCGCUGGAUCGCUUUGCGGAGGAGACGCUGCGGACGCUGUGCGUGGCCAGCAGGGAGGUGAGCGAGCCCGAGUUCCGCGCCUGGAGCCGGCGGCGCGGCGAGGCGGCGGCGCUGCUGCAGCGCCGGGAGCAGGAGCUGCACGGGCUCUACGAGGAGAUGGAGCGGGGCCUGCAGCUGCUCGGGGCCACGGCCAUCGAGGACAAGCUGCAAGACGGAGUCCCCGAGACCAUCCAGCUGCUGAAACUGGGCAACAUCAAGGUGUGGGUGCUGACAGGAGACAAACAAGAGACUGCGAUGAACAUCGGCUACGCCUGCAGGCUGCUGACAGACGACAUGGAGAUCCUGGAGGAGAAGGAGGUCAGUGAGAUCCUCCAGGCUUACUGGGAGAGCAACAACAACCUCAGUGGCAGUGGGGACACCCCGUGCCGCCGCCGCCUGUCCCAGCAGCGCCCAGAGGCUCCGUGCCACAAGAGAGCCAUCGUCAUCAGCGGGGACUUCCUGGACAGGGUGCUGCAGACGGGAGAGGUGCUGAAGGAGAAGAAGGGGUGGCCGUGGCGGUGGCUGUGCCGGGAUGGGGCCGAGGCCUGGCAGGAGCAGGCAGGGCUGGUGGAGAAAGCCUUCGUGGAGCUGGCCAGCAGCUGCCAGGCCGUGAUCUGCUGCAGGGUGACCCCCAAGCAGAAAGCCCUGAUGGUGCAGCUGGUGAAGAAGCACAAGAAGGCCGUCACCUUGGCCAUCGGGGACGGGGCCAACGAUGUCAACAUGAUCAAAACCGCGGACAUCGGGGUGGGGAUCAGCGGGCUGGAGGGGCUGCAGGCCGUGCAGUGCAGCGACUACGCCCUGGCCCAGUUCUGCUUCCUGCAGCGCCUGCUGCUCGUGCACGGCCGCUGGAAUUACCUGCGCAUCUGCAGCUUCCUCCGCUGCUUCUUCUACAAGACCUUCGCCGGCCUCCUGACCCAGGUGUGGUUCGCCUUCCACAGCGGAUUCACGGCCCAGCCUCUGUAUGAGGGCUGGUUCCUUGCACUCUACAACAUUUUCUACACUGCCUACCCCUUGCUGUCCGUGGGCCUUUUGGAGCAGGACGUGAGUGCCAAGAAGAGCCUGGAGUUCCCUGAGCUCUACGUGGUCGGGCAGCAGGACAAGCUCUUCAAUUACCGUGUUUUUGGUGUCACCCUCCUGCACGGGGUGGGCACCUCCCUCAUCAGCUUCUACAUCACGCUCUGGGCCUUUGAGGACCACGUGGGCACCAAGGCUGUGGGUGACUACGAGUCCUUCUCUGUCACAGUGGCCCUGUCGGCGCUGCUGUCGGUCCUCGUGGAGAUUGUCCUGAGCACUCAGUACUGGACAGUGUUGUCCUUCCUGAUGGUCACAGCCAGCCUGCUCCUCUUCUGCCUCUUCUCCUUCCUGACCCAAAGUGCUGAUGCCUUCAGGAUAGCCCCUGCCAUCUUCCGCUUCCCAGAUGCCAGCUGGAAUGCCCUGACUGACCCCUAUGUCCUGCUCGUGGUCCUGCUGUCCCUGGUGGUCAACACCCUCCCCUCCCUCACUGUGCACGCCCUCCGUGCCGCCCUGGGCAGAGCCAGCGCCCAGCAGAAGAUCCAGCUGAAGGCCAAGCGGGAUCCGGAGCCCCCGGUGGAGCUGCGGUCCCGCGUCCCCCGCCGCUCCUGCCGCCGCUCCAGCUACGCCUUCUCCCACCAGGAGGGCUACGGGGGGCUCAUCACCCGCGGGGACAGCCUGGCCCAGCAGCGAGAGGCUGGAGAAGAGGCAAAGCCUUUCCCUGGGAGCGUUUCCCUGGACACCAGGACUGUGCUGCUGGGGCAGGAGGGGCUGCGCGGGGGGGCCCUGGGGGACACAGGGACAUCUGAGAGGGGCGGGGGACGGGACAUUUUGGGGAGCCAGCACCUUUCCCUCGGCGAGGGGGAUGUCUUCUCUUCAAUUAGCACAAUUAGGGUUCGUCUCCUUCAUCCCAACCCCCAGAGACGGCGAGAGCCGCGGGGAUCUGUCCUGCGGAGAGCUGAGCCACGCCCUGGGUCGGUGCCAGGGGCACCCCCAGCCCCUCCUCCGCCCACCUACCCCAGCAGCUCUUUGGUUCGAGGCGUCCUCUGA